AGCCUGCAGCCGCCAUGAUUCUUGUUUGCUUUCAGUGAGAAACAACGCAUACAAAGUGAAGCAGAAACAAAGGAAACACGCAUUCGUCUUUCUGAAUCGGGAACUUAUGCUUUUUCGGCCUUGCAGGGAUGCCCAAGGAGAAAUAUGAUCCCCCAGAUCCAAGACGCAUGUAUACAAUAAUGUCAAGUGAAGAAUCAACCAACGGGAAGAAGUCAUACUGGGCCGAAUUGGAGAUAACUGGUAAAGUAAAGAAUCUGAGUACAUCCUUAUGGUCAUUGACUCAUCUCACAGCACUGUACAUCAGCGACAACUCCCUUUCACGCAUCCCGCCCGACAUUGCCAAACUACACAACCUGGUGUACCUGGAUGUGUCGUCCAAUAAAAUAAGGAGUCUGCCAGCCGAGCUUGGCAACAUGGUGUCUCUCAGGGAACUGCUUUUGAAUAACAACCAGUUGCGGGUUCUACCAUUUGAACUUGGGAAGCUGUUUCAGUUACACACACUGGGCUUGAAAGGGAACCCACUUGCACAAGAAAUCUUAAACCUCUACCAGGAACCUGAUGGAACACGCCGGCUUUUGAACUACCUGCUGGACAAUCUUGCAGGCACUAAACGUGUGUCCGCUGAGCCGCCCCCUCAACGCUCCUGGAUACCUCUGCAGGACCCAGAUAGGACAAGACCAACAGCCCUGUUCUCAGUCAUGUGCUACAAUGUGCUCUGUGACAAGUACGCCACACGCCAGCUCUACGGCUACUGCCCACCUUGGGCUCUCAACUGGGAGUACAGGAAGAAGUCCAUCAUGCAGGAGAUCAUGAAUUGCAGUGCGGACGUCAUCAGCUUACAGGAAGUUGAGACUGAGCAGUACUACAACUACUUCUUGCCGGAGCUGAAGGAGCAGGGAUAUGAGGGCUUCUUCAGCCCAAAGUCACGAGCUAGGACCAUGUCGGAGUGUGACCGCAAGCAUGUGGAUGGCUGUGCCAUAUUUUACAAAACGGACAAGUUCAGUUUGGUCCAGAAACACACCGUGGAGUUCAACCAGCUGGCCAUGGCCAACUCUGAAGGCUCAGAGGUCAUGAUCAAUCGAGUGAUGACCAAGGACAACAUUGGCGUGGCAGUUCUUCUGGAGGUUCGCAAAGAAAUGAUGGAACAGUCGGCUGGCAAGCCUCUGCAUGGCAUAGAGAAACAGCUCCUCCUGGUGGCCAAUGCCCACAUGCAUUGGGACCCGGAGUACUCGGAUGUGAAGCUGGUGCAGACCAUGAUGUUCUUGUCUGAGGUGAAGAACAUCGUGGACAAGGCCACGCGCAGCCUCAAGCUCUCCUCCGUCUCCGGGGAAAUCAACCCCAUUCCCCUCUGCCUGUGUGCUGACCUGAACUCCCUGCCUGACUCUGGAGUGGUUGAGUACCUUAGUACAGGUGGGGUGGACAGCACACACAAGGACUUCAAGGAGCUGCGCUACAUCGACUGCUUGGCAAACUUCAACUGUAAUGGCAAGAACGGCACGUCCAACGGCAGGAUCACCCAUGGCUUCAAGUUGAAGAGUGCCUAUGAGGAUGGUCUGAUGCCGUACACCAACUACACAUUGGACUUCAAGGGCAUCAUCGACUACAUCUUCCACUCUCAGCCUCUGCUCAACGUCUUGGGUGUUUUGGGUCCUCUCGAUACCCAAUGGCUCUCUGAGAACAAUAUCAGCGGCUGUCCUCACCCCCACGUCCCCUCUGAUCAUUUCUCGCUGUUUGCACAACUGGAGUUGAUUCUUCCCUACCCGCCCUCAGUCAAUGGAAUCCACCUGCCUGGACGCAGGUAGUUCUCCGAGCCACCAGGGGGAGCCAAACCACACUGGGCCUCUUCCUUUGCCACUGGCCAGGGUUGCAGACAUCUGAAUCUUGUAAGAGCGGUGUGGUAUGGCUAACUCGUAGUUCCCAAUGGAUUUUAACUGAAAUGGACGCUAAGGUCAAUCUUUUCUGUAUCACCUUUUUUCUGGGGCACAAUUUUAAAAGAAAUGUUCUAUACUUUUCACACUAUGUAAAUGUAGGGGUCCUGAGUAUUCUGUGUAAGUUUACUUACAGAAAUCGAAGCUUUUUAAAAGAAAAAAAAAAACAUAAGGCAAUACCUUAAGUCACAUGCAGGGCUUUUCGUAACUACAGUGUCAGAACCUACCUGAUAACAUAUGAGGUGUUUUGGAACAUGCCAUCCCAAGGCCAGUUAAGACCAAGCAGCUACUUUAAAGGGGGGACCAGAAGCCAGCCGUGUGACCGAGUUAAACAAUAACCUUUACCUUCUUUGUCACGUCCAGUCAAACCUUCACACACACACACACACACACACACACACACACACACACACACCCUCUAAUCCAUUUUUAAAGUUCAUCUGUAGUGUACAAGGCCCAACGGCGCUGGACCUGUUUCUGCCGUACACGCUGGUGCUGAGCCCAACAUCUUGGGUGCUACAGGCCUUAUGAGAGCAGCCGCUCGCUCACUAUUUUAAUUGGAGUAGUGGCCCAGAAUUUAGUAAACGGGGUUCAGAAAGUCACUGUUUUGCUGUUCACUUGAGUUCGCUUCUAUGAUCUGCUUUUUGUCUCUUUAAAAAAAAAAGAAAGAAAAAAGAAAAUGCUUUUUUGUCUGAUUUUUAAAUCCUUCUCUCUGUCUUAUUGAAGAACUCGAUCAUGCUAAAAUCAUGCCCUUGGUUGAUGUCUUUUACGCUUUGUCCCCUGCUGUUUUUUAUGAUUAUCUGGAUGUACUGCCACUGACCUGUCCCCCAGCCCUGCCACAGCCCAUUCCCCCGACUCAGGCGAAUCUCUUCUUUUUGAAGAUGUGUUUUUCUUUGGUCUUCUGUAGCUACUUCUAGAUCUCAGCUGUACCCUCCCUUUCCGUAUAGUGCCAUCCUAUGCAUUCUACCAUAAGGCCAAGUGUAAAGCUCCCAGUCCAUCUGCUACUGUAAAAACCUUUUCAGAGGCUGAGAGGCACUCAAAUGGACUUUCUUUUUUUUUUUUUUUUUUUUUUUUUUGUUGUUGUCCAUGUGUUUUGACGACCUUUUUGCUUUGGAAAAAAUGUGUUUUUGCAUCACCAUAGUGGCACAAUAGUAGAUACCCACCCUAAAAGUCUGAUUCAUAGCAAUUGUUCACAUUAGUCUCUCUCUCUCUCAAUCUUGGUCAGGUUAUUUUAAAAGUAAACAGAUUGACAAGCACUUAAUGCAGAUCACUGGUGCAGCUACUCAGUGUGUUAUUUUAGAAGUUGUGUGUUUUGCUACAAAGCAAAAGCAAACUGAAUGAUUUCUUUCCCACCGAGUUCUUUAAAGUGGUGGGGGGGGGGGGGGGCACUCCUGUCCCUCUCUGGUGUCUUUCUUUUUUUCCUUUUUUUUCUCCACCCCCCUCCCCCUCCCUUUUCUGUUUUAGCUUCAUUUCAAUACAACAUGUCUGGAUAUUAUAUUGACUCUCUGGUGGUGUUGUGGUAGCAGAAAGAGAUUUUUGUAAAGUGUGAAUAAAUUAUGUAUCUUGUUUCCUUUCUUUGACAUGAAUUGUGUUGAUGUGUGCAUCAUGAUUGAUAUAUACUAGUCAAAGUGUUUUUUCUUUUCAUUAUGCUCAUUGCUUUGUUUUGUUACACUCAAACCAAAUUUUUUUUUUUUGUAAAAGUUGUUGGCACACUGAAUAUUAGACUUAUAUGGUCGCUAACUUGACUCAAUAUUUAAAGGAAAGUUUCACUGAGAGCUUAGAGGAAAGUCACCAAGAAAUUCCCGUUAUCGCCAAAAGAAGUUUUCCAACAUUUGACGUUAAGCUUUAUGUGAUGAGAAUAUUGCGUCAGCACCAAGUUUGUGGUAGUUUUGUGUUGUGUUGGAUGCACCCACGUCAUGCUAAAAGAAAAAACUGAGAAUGGAAAGUGUCACAGUAGAAAGAACAUCUGUUUAUUAACCCAUACAUAUCCUUUGCUCUGUCUGGUAUAACGUGGGGCAUCCCUUGAGUGGCCAGGUAGGGUUUGGACCCAGCUGUUCCGUCUCUGCUUUGCAGCGGAGUGCAGUCUGGGUCACUGACAGGACGAGGCAGGGGCUGGCUCUGAACCACUGACACGCUUGACCUCUCGGAACACACUAGCUCUGUGCAGUGUUCUCGCUUCUCAGUAGAAUCCGUUAUCCAACCCUUCCUUUUCCAGCUUCAGGUGUAAUCGAGUGACGCGAAUGUGGAGUAAAGCUAUCAUGUCAGCAUCCCAGAAACCUUGCAAUAAUAAUCAUUUUAAAAUCAAACUCAUUUCCCGAGAUGUAACCGACCCAUUUCUGUUUGAUCGGGCACCAGUUUUGCCACUGAUCUUUUUUUCCUCUUAAUACGCCAUUUGACUGUCUGACUUUUUGUUUCUCUGUUAGUAGAGGUAGGCGUGCAAUGGUACAGAUGGUCAGCUGAAAGUCAGUAACUCCAUAAGUAAUGUCACUAUAUAAUGCACUGGACCAACUCUUGUUUACCAUUUGUGGAAUACCAGCAAAACACUUGCACAAUGUUUUGAAAGAAUGUUACAUAAAUAUAUAUAAAAGUAUAUAGAUAUAAAAAAACAUGGCAGCUGUUUUUAAAUUGAAUAUUUGGAAUUGUAAAGAGACCUUAUGGUAAACAAGGCAUUUUCAAUCUGUUACCCUCCAGUUUUUCUUGGUAGUGAUGUGUUUAUAACAGGGUCAGCUUGUUUCCUCUACUCCUCUGUAUUCUUUUCCUACUCUUGGUCAAAUAAAUUCUAUAUGUUUCA